UCAACUUUCUCUUCAUCACAUUCGAUUUGCAGAGAUGAGUGAACCCCAAAACCCCCCAAACCCUGACAACCUUCCUUCUUCCUCAAACGAAUCCAAGCAUGGCCGAGCUAACAGCAGCUUCUCAGGCCUAAAGGGUCACUUCCCCAACCCACCUGACUCGACCAAUCCUGACCCGGCCACACUCCGGGACCAGUGGAGGUUCGCCAUCAGGCAGUACAGUAAGUGGUACUCUCACGCUUGGGGCACCGCCAUUCUCGCCGGAGUUUCUUUCUUCGCCCUGGGUUGGAUCAUCAAGGGUUCCAAUCCUCUCCCCUCUCUCAGCCAUCGAGAUUCCACUGACCCUCCUCCUCCUCCUCCUCCUUCACCUUCCGAUGAAGCUCAACAAUGAAGAUUUUCCCUUUCUGGGGGAUUCCAGGCCUAUGAAUACACCAGUUCUUAGAAAGACGAGGCUUGAGUGACCCUAUAUGCCUGUGGAGUUGAGUACCUUCGAAAAUGUAAUAAUGGAUCUCUUGUAACUAUCUUAGGUCCUUUCAGUAAAGAGAUUUUUCAAACACUUUUCUUCUUCUUCUUCUUCAAGUUUUUGUACUUUUAAACAAGCCAAACGAUGUAAAGAAAAAUGUGAUGAUGAGUGGAAAAUUGAAAUGAAUGCAUGUUCAGAUUGAAAAGUUUA